AACUCUCGCCUCCACCAUGGCCGAAUACUGGAAGUCAACACCAAAAUAUUGGUGCAAAUUCUGCUCCACGUUCGUAAAAGACACAAAGUUCGAGCGCGCGCAGCACGAAGCGACCGGCCGCCACCAAGGCAACAUCCAGCGCAGUCUGAAGGGGCUACAUCGCGAACAAGAAAACGAAAAGCGCAAUCAAGCGCGCGCGCAAGCCGAGGUUGCACGCUUAAAUGGCCUCGUACCCUCCGCUUCCACACCCUCGGUAGCAACAGGCGUAGGAGGCAAACCCACGUUCGAAAAGCGGGUAGAGAAGAAGGCGACUGUAGAUGAUAGGAAGAGACAAUGGGAUGAACUGGCGGCCAUGGGUGUCGCGCUCCCUGCAGCUGCACGAGGUGACUUGGCUAUGGCAGGUGAGUGGAAGACAGUCUCGGAACAAGUCAUUGGGGAGGUCACAGAGGAUGGGGAGUUCAAGGUGACAGCGCUAAACAAGGGUGUGCGCAAGAGGAUGAUAGACGAGGACGAAGAGGAACGAGAGGCCGCGGGAGAGUUGAUCACGAAGAAGAAGGGCUGGGGACAUAGCUACAAGAGCUUUCCAGGAAGUAAGGGUGGGGACGAUGAUAUCGAGAGCUUGCUGGGGAAGACGAAAACCGAAGUCAAGAAGGAAGAAUCAAAAGACGAGGUGAAAGUGGAGGCGACCAAGGACGAGGAUGCAGACGUCAAGACGCUGCAAGAAAUACCUACGGUAGAAGAGGCAGAAGCCAGGGCAAGUGAGGCGGCGGCCCAGAAGGAGGAGGAUGCACCGGCUGCACCAGCUGUGGUGUUCAAAAAGAGGAAGAAGGCCAAAUGAACAGCACAUGUACGACUUCCAACUCACAAUCCAUAUAGGUACACUCUAUGCAUGGAAUUGUGAAUGAGAACAUUUCUUCCGUCGGAUGUAGCUUGGAUACGGACGUCUACAGAAGUGGAGAAAGGGCCAUGGUUGAGUGGCAUAACAUUUGCUUCGGCCUCGGCAGUUGCGACAUUGCACCAAGGCUAGUGCGACCAAUACCAUAGUAGCCUCGACCGACGACAUGAAUACGGGCAGAACUGAGCGAGUGAUGAGAGUUGUUCUCGCUGCAUUUGGUCUGCGCACUAUUUGGAAGUACUAUGAUGGUGUUUCGAUGGGCAACCAUUGGGAGAGUGAAUACGAAUACUUCAGCUGUGAGCUGUGUUAUGGGAGGAGCUUAGGUCUACGACGGGUUGGGUGAACAUGGCCAGCACAUAACGUUAGCAUAAAUACAUGACGCUUUAUUCCAAGCUUACUCUUCAG